AUGGUGGGGUCCAGAGAGGCCUUGGUGCUCCACGUCCUGCUCUGCUGCCUGUCUGGAGGUGGGGCCGACAUCAAGUGCUCAGGGCAGGUCUGGAUCGAGCCCGGCCCGGUGGUGCCGAUGGGCUCCAACAUCUCCAUCAACUGCCUCUCCACCCUCGGCUGCCCCCGCGCCCGCUUCAGCAUCCUCCUCAACCUCAGCUGGGCUGAGGGUGCCCUGCACCCCAUCAACAGCAGCACCGUCCAGCUCCGCCUGCCCCGUUUCCAGAUGCCCUUCGGGACCGUCACCUGCUUCGCCCACUGCCCCAACCACAAGUGGCAACACCUGGUGUGUGGCACCCACGUCUGGGCAGGCUACCCCCCGGACCCCCCCAGCGACCUGAGGUGCAGCAGCAGCGAGGGCUCGGGGCGCCUGGAAUGCCAGUGGGACACAGGGAGAGCCCCCCUGCUCCCCACCACCUACAGCCUCCACCUGCGCAGGACGGGGAUGGCAGAGGAGGAGGAGGAGGAGGAGGUCUUCCCCGCGGACUCCCCGGUGCUGCUGAGCUCGCUGCGUGGCGGGGACAACUACUCGGUGUGGGUGCAGGCCACCAACACGCUGGGCACUGCCCGCUCAGCCCCACGGCACCUCCACCUGCGGGAGCUUGUGGUGGAGGUGUGGGAUGGUGCAGAGCAGCAGGGACCCCGCCGGCGGCAGGACCUGCGCAGUGACACCCGGUACGUGUUCCAGGUGCGGUGCCGGCUCAGCCCUGCCCACAGCCCCUGGAGCUCCUGGAGCCCCCCUUUUCUCUACACCACCCCCGAGGCAGCCCCCGGCAGGGCACCCGAGGUCUGGCGGCGCCUGGGCCCGGCCCUCCCCAACGGCAGCCACGAGGUGACGGUCUUGAUCAAGCCCCUGAGACCCCAGGAUGCCCGUGGGAGGAUCCUGGGCUACAUCGUGGCCACCCAGAGCCCUGCUGGAAGGGUGACCCUCUGCAACACCUCCAGCACUGUGUGCCAUGUCCUGGUGCCACCGGGAGCCCGUGUCCUCCACGUCACUGCUUACAACUCCAGAGGGGCCUCCAGCCCUGCCAGCAUCCCCCUGGGCUGGGGCUCCAGCAGCCAGGAAGAGUUCCCAGCCCCGGUGGCCAUGGAGCUGAAGGCUGAGAACGGGAGCAGGGUCCGGGUGUCCUGGCAGCCCCCACCCCACCCAGGGAGGUCUCCACUCUGGUUCAUUGUGGAGUGGGUCUCCACCAGCCAGCACAGCUGGGAGGAGCAGUAUUUUUGGAAGAAAGUCCCUUCCCAGGAGACACACACAUACAUCCAAGAGGCAGCAGCAGGAGGACACGUCAACGUCUCGGUGUACGUCGUCUACCCCGGGGGAGUCAGCAAACCAAGAACCAGCCAAGGCCCUUCACAGGACCUGCUCCUGGGCAGCACCUACAGUGAGAUCUCCCAUGACGGUGACUCCAGAGUUUUCCUGGGACUGGGCAUCACUGCACUCACGUUGUCAGUUGCUUUUGUCCUUCUGAUGGUUAAAAAGUCAGCCAGAAAAAGAAUCAAGUCCACAGCUGUGGUGCUGCUGCCAAAAUGGCUCUUUGAAGACUUUCCCCACAUGGAAAACAGCAACGUGGUCAAGUCACUCCAGGAGAAGUGUGACUCCAUGAGCAGCAGUUUCCAGGAGCCCUUCCUGGACACCAGCGACCCCACGGUGACGGAAGUCGAGGAGGUGCCGGCAGGUGAGGAGCAGGAGGAGGUGCCCACCAGAAGGAAGCCCAGCAGAGAGCUCCCUGAGGACAGGGAGCGUGCAGGAAGCCCACAGCCUGUCUCCAUCCUGGCCCCUCAGCUGGUCAGUGACUACAAACCUCAGGUGUCCAACGGGAACCUGCUGGGGUACGUGGCUGCCGACCUGUACCGGGCACAGCCCCCUGCAGCCCCCCCAGAACCAGAGACCAGCGUCUUCUUCAGAGACUACACGAGCCCCCUGGCCCCCCUGUGGGAGGGGGAGGCUGGGGGCCACCACGUCGGCCUGCUGGAGAAGAUCAACCUCAUCUUAAACAGCAGCCAGAGCGGGCAGGGCCCCACGUUGGGCUCAGCCUGGGGGGCACACGGGGCCCUCCUGGGGAACCCGUGGGGACCCGGGCCAGGCAGUGAUGGGCAGGAGCAAACCUUGGUCUCUGAGGAGCUGCUCUCCUGCCUGAGAGCCAUGAACGGGGUGGUGGUGGAGGGACAGCCCUGCUUUCCACACAGCAUCAGGGAAGCCUGCAGCCCAGCCCACGUGCCAGCUGGCCAGCAUCCCCACCACGCCGAGACCUGCGACAGAGGGACCAUGACAGCUGACACCACUGCCCACGUCCAGCCCGGGACCAAUGUCACCCUCUCCUGCCACAUGUCCCACCCCCAGCAUGGCAGGAUAGCCAUUUUCUUUAACGACUUUGAGCUAAUUAGUAAUAACAGCCACUCAGUCAGCACCAGGUUUGCAGUCCGUGCCUACGGCAGGUUCACCUUCACCUGCAAAAGAGUUUGGGAAUACAAGAAAAAACUCAUUUGUGGCAUCACUAUCAACUCUGGAAACCCCCCAGAUGAGCCCAGGAACGUGUCGUGUGUCCAGGAGGGAACCGAUGGCCACCCCACCUGCAGCUGGGAGAAGGGCAGGUCCACCUACAUCCCCACCUCCUACCUGCUUCAGCUCUCAAACGGGACAGAUGUCAUCUGUGUGUCAGAAGAAAGCUUGAAUGAGAAGUUUGGCUCGUUGACUCUGAGCAAGCUGGAUUUUGACUCUAAUUACACCGUCGUGGUCGUCGCCUCCAACGAGCUGGGAAGUGCUUUGUCACCUGAGCUCAGGUUCAUGCUGGUGGACAUCGUGAAGCCACGUCCUCCCGACCUCCUGGUGGAAUGUGGAAACUGUUCCUCCACCUCCUGCAGCUCCUCCUGGCUCGCCGAGGCCCCAGCACAGCUCUGCAGGCUGAGAUUCCGCCCUCUCGCCGGGCACACCUGGAGCAGGGUUGAAAACCUGACCAGUGGGACGUGCAACCUUCAUGGCCUGGAGCCUCACACAACCUACGAGUUCCAGGUCAGCUGUAAAAUCCACCCCGAGCGAGGCCUGUGGAGUGACUGGCAGGCCUACCAAGCCCAGACUCCUGAAGCAGAGCCCACCGGGCGCCUGGACGUCUGGUACCACCAGCAGGAUGUGGACUCCCAGAGGCAGAACAUCUCUCUUUUUUGGAAGGCUCUGAGCGAGUCCGAGGCGAGAGGACAGAUCCUGGGGUACAGGGUGACCUUCAAAGCCCUGUCCCAGCAGAGCCCUGUCCCAGCAGAAACCCACCUCACCACCCAGACCAGCUACACCAGGCUCCUGCCCAGGGUGGACUACAAGAUAACAGUCACAGCUGAGAACUCGAGGGGCAGGUCACCCCCCACGUCCAUCACCACCAACCUGGGCGCCCAGGAGCUGCCCCCUCCUCAGAAGGUCUCGGUGGUCGCCGUGGGAAGAAGAAACAUCCUGGUCAGCUGGGGACCACCCGCCCACCCGCCGGCGCCCGUGGGUGGGUACGUGGUGGAGUGGGCCCACGAGGCAGAGGACCUGUGCCCGCCAGCCUGGGUGAAGGUGCCAGCAGCCAACCUGUCCACCCUGAUAGCAGAGCACCUGAAGGACAACCUGUGCUACCAGGUCCGGGUGUUUGCGCUCUACUGGGACAGGGCUGGACAAGCCGUGUCAGCCAGAGGAAACACCAGAGCAAAAGCCCCAUCAGCUGGGCCCCAGAUGCACAUCACACCUCGGGCCAACGGCAUCCUGGUGUCCUGGGAAGAGAUCCCUGCCCACCAGCAGAGGGGCUGCAUCACAGGCUACCACAUCUACCUGCAGAAACAGGGCCAGGAGGAAGCCCUGACCAGCUACGCUGUUCCUGGUGCUCCAGCCCAGCACUCCCUGUACAUCACCCACCUGCAGCCCGGGCAGCUCUACACCCUCUGGAUGACAGCUUCAACAAGUGCUGGAGAGGGGCCUUCAGGCAACAGUGAGACCAUCUGCCUGGAAAGUGCUGCCGUGGACUGGGUGGCUGUUGUGCUCCCCUGCAGCUUCUUCAUCCUCUCAGCCUGCCUUUGUUCCGUGCCUCCGGUGAGAAAAGUCCUGCGCCCGCUCCUGGCCGCGCUGGUGCCGCGCUGGCACAGCCAGGCCAUCCCAGACCCUGCCAACGCCAGCUGGGUGAAGAGCUGCCUGUCUCUGAAGGCUGAGCUGAGCUGGUCCUCCAACCCCUUCCUGCACAGCAGCAGCACCUUUGAAGAGCCCCAGCCAACCCCAGUAGAGGAAGUCUUGGUGAAGACCGACCUGCUGGUGCUCAAGGAGCAGCUCCUCCUGGGCAGCACAGCUCUCCUAAGCUCAGCCCGGGGGCAGGGGGACGAGCAGCAGCUGCCCCAGCUCUACCAGAGGCUGGGGGUGGAGGUGACAGGGCAGACACAGGGUGUCCCUGAGUACAUCACCAGCCCUGCCACCACGGGCCUGCCCCUGCUGGCUGCUGAGGACCAUCCUGAGCUCGAGGAUGACCCACUGCCCGCCUUCCCGAUGACUCUUCUGACACUCCUCCUGCCCUACGAAGGGAAUCUGACUUUGGAUGCAGUGAAAAUGAACUCCAGCUCCUUCCCCAGGUAG